GCCUCGCCUCGCCUCGCCUCGCCUCGCCUCGCCUCCCCUGCUUGCCUGAUCGCCCGUGGCUCCCCCGUCGGCUCCGACCGCUCGCCUCGCCAAUUUCCGCGCUCGCCUCGCUCGCUCGCUCGCCCGCUCGCGCCCCCGCAUCCCUCGGCCGGUUGUCAUGGAGGCCCUCCAUGACAGGACCUUGAGCCUCUUCUCGCAGCCGGAAACCGAUCUCAACUGGCAGCAGCAGCAUGACAACUUGAACGCCUGGGCCGACCUCCUGGAGAGUCACCCCGCACGGAGGGGGCCCCUCCGGGAGUCGGACGCCGUGGCGGCCGCGGCCAGCCGGCUGCCCCCGCCGCUGGCGGUCCAAAUGCUGGUGGCCACGGAGGCCCUGCUGCUGGAUGGCCGGGUGCAUGCCGGCGCGCCGCAACCGGACGAUGGCGACCCGGCCGGCCCGGGGGCCGACUCGCCCGGGGCCCUGGCGCGCCUUGUGCGCCUGGCCGAGGUGGCCAUCCUGUGCGCGGUGGCCGCGAUGAAAAGCGAACGCAGCCGCAUGCUGACGGCGGCCUGUCGCCUGUUCCAGGUGUACGCGGAGACCGUGCAUCCGGGCAUCUUCGAGCGCGUGCGCGAAGACAUCAUCCGGGUGCUGCUUCACUCCUGCGGCCGUGUGAACCGCGUGUUUGUCCUUCGGUCGUCGGCUGCCCUGGCCAACACGAUCCGGCACUCCGGGCUCCCGUCAAUCCUGCACCAGCUGUGCACCAUGCCGCCGUCGCGGAUCCCCCUGCAGCGUGAGUAUGUGGCCCGAUCCGUCUCCCAGUGCCUGGAGCAGAUGCCUCUGGCUGACCUGCAGCCUCACCUCCCGCAUGUUGUGACGCUGCUGCCCACGCUGCUCACCGACGCCACCCAGCCGGUCCGCAAGGCGGCGCAGCAUGCCUUCGUCUGCCUCCAUCGGCGGUCGUCCUCACAUGCGCGAGACCUUCUCGAGCGCCUGCCCGCACGCCAGCAGCGCCUCUUGCUGGAGCUGACCGACUCGAGCAGCACGGCGGCCGGUCCCGGCGGCCGUGCUGCCCACCUGGCCACCGAGGUCCCCGGCCGGGGCCCCUCCCGCGGGCCUGCCCCUGUCACAGCUGCCCCCGGGCAGAGCAUGCGCGAUCGCAUCGCCGAGGCCCGGCGCCAGGCGGCUGCCAUGGCCCCCGGCGCCCCCACUCCCACUCGGUCCACUGAUGCGGACGCCCGGUUCCCGAUUGUGUCCUUCCUGCUGCCGGAUCCCCCGCCCAGCUUCCGCCUCGGUGCCGGCCUCACGGGGACGUUGGUUGCCCCGGCCCCGGCCCCGGCCCCGGCCCCGGCAGCGGCCUCGAUCCCAGCCUCGGUCGCGGCUCCGGGUCCGGGCCUGACCCGGGCUCCGACCCCGCCCCUGACCCCGGGUCCGGCUCCGGGUCCGGCUCCGGGUCCGGCUUCGGCGCCGGCGCCGGCGCCGUCCUCCUUGUCGACCCCGGUGCUGGGGCUUCCCGGUUUCGGUGGCCGAGGCCAAGUCCCGGCGGCUGACGUCCUGUCGGAGCGCCCGGCGGCCGUGGACACCGGGCCCCUGCGGCGACCGGCGGCCCCCCCGGGCGGGCGUGUCCCCCUGCUGGCAAUGCCAAGCGGGGAUAUGCCGGCCGGUGGCGGCCACAAUCCGCUCAGCUCGCUGGCGUUGCAGCCUCCGCCUGCCCUCCUUUUCAUGGGUGGCCUCGGGGCGCCGGCUGAUGUGCGGCCCAGCUCAAGCCCCACCGAUUGCUGGCCUGCCACCGGUGAGCUUGGUGCCGGUGUGACGACACUCGAGGCUCCUGGGCCGACUGCGGCCGGGCUCGAGCCGCCCGACCGGCCUGCCAAGCAGCUUGACUCGUCGGCCGGGCCUGCCACGGCCGACCAGCCCGCCGCCUCGGCUGGCGGCACUCCCCCCAGGCCCGUUGGGCUCGCGGCGCCUGCUGCGCUGGUCGGCCGGCGGGCUUCCUUUGCCGAGGAGGUGCCAGCUUCCUCGGCCCAUGCUUCCAUGGCGCCGGGUCAGCCAGCCGCCCCGAGGGAGGCCCUCCCCCCGGCCGAUCACCACCAGCAUGCCCCGGACGCCGGCCAGGGCCACAUGGUGGACGAGCCGCCGGCCGUGCACGACCACCUCGCCAGCUCGUCCGCCUGCCCGCCGGCCCGCCGGCCCGGCCCGGUGGACAGCCUGCCAGGGCUGACGCUCGAGGACUUGGCUGGUGCGGGCGAUCCGACCGAGGAGCCCGGCGCCGGUGGCUCCAAACCGACGGAGCUCGAGGCGCCGGGGCUCGAGUCCAGCACACGGCCCACCUGCCAGCCGGACACCGCCGACUCCCGGGCCCUUGCCCCCGAGCCGGCGGGCAGUCCCCCCCGGACAAGCCCCCCUCUGGAGGAUGCCCCGGCGGAGGGGGGUACCCUGCCGCGGGACGGCUCGGCCGCCGGGGAUCCCCCUCCCCCCGUGGCCCCGGGGCCGGCCCCCGCCGCCCAGCAGGGCAGUACCAUGUCGCAGGUCGCGGCCCGGGCGGCUGCUGCUCCUCCCUCCUCCUCUCCCCCUCCUCCUCCUCCUCCUCCUCAGAAUGAGCAGCCCCUCGUGGUGGGGGCCGUCGCCACCGCGGCUGCCAUGCCGCCGGGCCGAUCUGUGCGCCUUGCCACCGGCGCCCCGGCCACCCGGCCAUCGGCCAACCCUGCGAGUCGGCCACUGAACGCUCGGCCGCUGGGCACCCCCCCGGGCCGGCCGCUCGGCACGCCCCGGAUGCCUGCAGCCGGUCGGGCGCCCGGGACCCCUUCGCCGGGGCUGAAGCGGCCGCACCCCGGCCCCGCCGCCACCCCCUCACCGGGGUCGAAGCGGCCGUGUCCCAGUCCCCAUGCCGCCACCCCCUCGCCGGGGCUGAAGCGGCCCUCCCCCAGCCCCAUUACCACCCCCUCGCCCGGGGCAGAGCGGCUGCGCCCCCCGGGCCACGCCCCGGCCCUUGGGACCCCGUCGCCAAGCGCGCGCGCCGGGCCAGCCGCUGUGCCCCCCACCGGGGCCACCCCCUCGCCGCCCGGGGGGCUGAGCCCGGCUCUGCUGGCUCGCCGAGCCGCGCGCCUGGCCAACGUCGGCCUCCUGACCCCGACCGUGGCCUCCUUGGGCAAGGCUCGGCCGCGCAUCAGCCCCACGACCAAACCACCAGCCGACCGGCCGGGCUCGCGGCGGUGA